AUGCUCCGAAUAGUACUUAAGGUUGCAAAAAAACAUCCACCGCCAGAUUUCACCUCAAUCAAGAGAUUUGAUGAAGAGCAUUUUUGCACUUUGACGAGCUCUGCGGAGUCGAAAAUUAAAAUCAUAGAGAAAUGGAGAUCUAAUAUCAUGCCGCACUUGGCCUGGAAUGAUCGAGAGCCACCAUCCACUGAUCCUUUGAUGGCUUCGCUACGAGCAGAGUAUUACGAGGGUGUAGCUGAGUUGCUGAGACCGUACCUGGAUAUUUUGAAAUAUCUUGAUCGUAUUAAGAGAUAUGCUCUCUCCAACAUUGUCGCUUUUGACCGUAUCGGUGCAGUUAAUGAUAACGCUUACAAGGCAUUUCGAAGCACAAGUAGCGGUCCGGUAGUUAUAGGUAAUCCUGUGAAUAUGCUUUACUCAGAAUUUAUAAUAGGUCUCAUGUGGCUUUCACAGGAAGAUAUAGAUUAUCUUUACUACCGCACAGUCGACAGAUUGUCUAACUUUCGGCUAACUACUAGACUGUUAGUUCAGGAUCUUUAA